AUGCCAGAAGAUAAAAAAUCCAUGAUAAACAUCAAAACAGCUAAUUUUCCAACAUCAUCAACAACCGGUUUCGAAUUACAGUUUAGUAUUAGGAAACAUGAUACUGGUGAACCAAUAACGUUUAAAGUGGACGGUGAACGAUUUAGAAAAACGGAUGAAUAUGACGUAAAAUCAAACGUACAUCUUCGAACAUAUAAAUUUCGUUCGGAAGUUAUUUAUAAAAUUACUGUUACAACUAAGCCAGCCACUGAAUUUCAUGUGCUGCACAUAUCAGGAAGUGAUUUAGAGUUACGACCGGAAAGCAUUGGUGGCGGUGUUUACAGUACGGAAUGGAAUACAACCGGUAGUGAUGUUACUCUUAACGGAAAGCGAGAAUAUAUUACUGUUUGUUUGCAGGGACCUGGAAGGAUAUUACAACGAAAAAUCCAAGCUAAAUUCUAUCAAAAUGAUAACAGCCAUGCAGAUUAUGGUGAUAAGCUGGAAGCACUGAUUUGGAAGUGUGCCGUAGACAAUGAAGGAAAUAUAACGGUGGUUGACGAAAUUGUGAAAUAA